ACAUACAUACUAUUCCAAAAUAGCGAUAUCGUUUCCCAACAAUCAUAGAAAAAGAGAUUUCAUUCUAAAAAUCUCGUUCCUUUUUUUUUUCAUUUUUGUUCCAUUUGAUGGGAGCAUGCGCGUCCGACUCUUACAAUAAUGAAAAAGAAAACAAAAAAGAUACAUAUUUCUGACUCGAAUAAUAUAAAAUUGAUUGCAAAUAUGUUAGUGGAAUUGAGGACAACAGUGAAUGGUAUUUAAAAUUAUUAUGAAAUUAAUAUUGCAAGGAAAAUAUGGUAAAAUGUAGAGCAAGUGCCCCUUGUAUACAACAAGUACACCCCUGAGCGUUUGCGGGUCAUUAAUCUUGCAAUAAUUAUGUAUUUAAUUGCGGCGUUCUGAUCGCGUUGCCUGGUUUAAGAAUAAUCCUUUUGAAAAUAUGGUUGAUCUCUUAAUAUUAAUGUAAUAAAAUAUAAUCGCUUUUAAGUGAAAAUACGAUAAAAAGUGGUUCGGUAAAAAUGCAGAAUAUGCGAACGGACUGAAAUGCAGGUGCCAUCGGCGGCAGCUGUAAUGGCGGUCGUCGGGAACGUAUCAUCGCACGCGAUAAAUGCUUACUCGACCGAGUACUGUGCCGUUGAUACGUGUUUGCUGUAAUUAAACAUUGUUGUGAUCGCGAGGGACGUAUGUAAUUAUAUUAUAUCUCAUACUUAGCAUAAAAGUUCACGAUGUCGGAGGAGAACGAACACACAUCGGAAGAGAACGAGGCAGAAAUGAAUCCCGAAAAUCAUAGUGGUGAACAAUCGAAAAGUGAUGCUAGCCUAUUAAACAAUGAAACAGGGCAACCUAUGUUAGAAGACGAAGAAAUGCCGACAUAUAUCAGCGUAUCGACUCCGUCGAGGCGCGAAGAUUCAGAUGUCAAUAGUACAAAACAACAAGACAGGGUACCGAUGGAAGAGGAUCACAGUCGAAGUGCUUACCCUAGCGACGAUCAAGGAGGAGGCAGCAUUUAUGUGUUGUCUUCCGGUGAAGAGAGUAAUCAUGCUUACAAUGACGAAGAAGAAGAUGAUUAUGCAGACAGCGAAGAUAUGGAUGAAAUGAAUUUUGAAAAUGAUCAUGGAAAUUUAAUGUUAGAUGAUGAAGAAGACGAAGAUGAGGAAGACGAUGAUGAUGAGAAUCAUAUAAGGUUGCAUCAUGACGAUUACGAGGACAUUGAAACAGACUACGAGCAAGUCUGUUACGAUAGAGCAUCGGAUGAUUUUCUCUUGAAUUCCAGACUAAAACAACACCAUAAAGAAAGAAGUUUAUCAUUGCAGGAUUUAAGUUAUACUAAAAACAAUAUUCAUUCUCCGUACAACAAUAAAAAAAGGCACAGCACUUAUCUCUUUAAACAGAAUUAUUCAGGCCUACAACAGAAUUCUAUCGCGUACAAUGUUGCGCACAAGAGGCAAUCGUUACCGCUUAAAUAUCAGAAUGUGGAAAGUAAAGUGAAACAGUACAUUAACGACAUAAAAGAACAGACAAAGAAGUCAAUGGAAAAACGUUUUAAAGGACAGGGAUAUGUAGUAAAUAAAAACCACGAAGAGAAUGAAAAUGACACUGACCCGCUAAAACUAACAGUGCCAAACAAAGUUAUAAAAGAUUACGCAGAGAAGACUAUUAAGGAUUUACAACAAGAAGAAAAUAAUGAAAAUGGUAAUUCAAUUUAUAAUACAGCACAAAUAUUAGAGAAUGGUGAUAAUAACAAAAUUGAUAUCAAAGUAACUGAAAAUCAACUUAAGCAUAUUCGAAGGAACAAUGACAUGAACGCAUUUGGUGAUAUUCAAAAUGAAAAACGUGCACAAAACAGCAAUGAUAAAUUAGAGAAACGAAAUGGUUCUGUAGAUGUUAAUGCACAUCAUAUUGAAUAUCAAAAUACAUUAGAUAGAAAUGUAAAACUUAAUAACAUGGAUCAACCUUCUUUAGUUAACGGUCAUCAGCAAGCACCUACAGUUUUCAAUCUACGUACAUUAAGCUAUGAAGAAUACAUGCAUGGCAUACCAGAAUUUGAACAAAAGGAAGGGGCGAACGAGCAAAGACACAAGACCCAAGAUAAGAUCAAUGAACCUGAGACAUAUAAUGAUACAGAGAUGAUUAAUGUACAAGAACUGGAGAACAGCAAUACAGAUUGUCCACUGAAAAUUGCGAAUGUCAAAAGUAUCAGAGCGAUACAAGACGAACCGGAAAAUUUGAAUUUUACGAAAACGAAUUUGACAGAGAGCGUGGAAGUAAUGCAGCUGAAAGCUCAGCUAAAUCAGAAAGAUGUUCAGUUCCUUAACUUACAAAACACCUAUCAGAAAACGUUAGCUGAAAAUUCAAAAAUGAAGCAGGAGCUAGAUGCUUUAAGGAAAUCUUUAGCAAAAUAUGAAAGUGAAAGUAAAACAUCCGAAACGAAGAUCGCAUCCGUGCAAACUGAAUCUAUCGCGGAAAUUUCAUCUAUUGCAAAAGUAACUACGAGCUCAGGAAGUACAAAUAAUAAAGUGUCCACUGGUAGUAUUGCAUCUACGAUAAGUUCUCUUGAUCAAUGGGCAGACAGCGCUGCUAGCCUAGCUGUAUCCAUUAAACCACCUGAUUUGACACCGAUUCUUAAUUCUGACGAUAGUCUGGUACUCAAUGAUGCUACACCAAAAAAAGUACCACAUCCAUUAUCUCGGACAUUCAUUACUUCAUCUAGAAUCUUGCAAACUCUUUCUAACAUAACGCAAGGUAAAACAUCAAAGGUUGAAAAUCCCUUGGUCAAAAAUAAUAAUAAAAGAGUGAAUGAAAACGCUACAGACCAGUUACCAAAUCUCGAGUAUAAUUCUCCGAUGCACGCGUCGACUUCCAAGAAACGAAAGGCGACAGACAUGCUUGGUGCUUCCACUUUUGUUCAACCAUUUAAAAUACCCCACACAAUCGCGGGUUCUGAAAAUAAAAGUCCUAAUACAUCAAAUGCGGACCUCAAAUACUCGGAGGAACAGUCAAACAUGAAGGGUGAGCAAGAUGACGAAGACCCUAUAACAAUGGAAGCUCAAACAGAAGGGGCAACUAAUCACGGUGACGAUGAUGUUAAGUUUUUCGUAUAUAGGGACAAUGACAAUAGCAAAAACAAAAGUUUUUUAAUUCAAGCAGAGGAACCAACAAAAGACGUGUUAGAAAACGAAAAGAAUCGUAUCCAAGAAUGUGGUCCAUAUUUAUUGGGUAAUCUCGAAGUAAGAAUGUCUGAAAUAAAUGGAACAAUUAGUGUUUGGGGUAAAGAAGUUAAUCAGCAGGAGUCGAUCAGUGACAAUGAUGACGACAUGAAGGUGUCCAUAAAAUCAGUGGACAAGAUAUCGUCCCUUUAUCCUCAGAAAUCACCGCAGAUUAGAUUUAGUGGCAGUCAACUCGUGUGUUCGACUCAUAAAAAGCUGAAGAUUCCAUUGAGGCUGAAUAAAUCCAGUGAUUCGCAAUGUUGUAAACGAGUCGAAAGUGAUCUUUCUCACGCAGGUAAUCUUUCCUCGUCAUGUGGAAACUGUGAUUCCGCGAAACAUCGAAGAGAAUGGCUAGCGUGUAAAGCUGGUUCGAGUUCGCAAGAAAAAUUACAUUCCUGUUGCGCGCAUCACACCGAGUUCAUAGAUAAAGAUUGUAACUGUGGCUCGCAUCACGAAAAACAACUGAGCGACGAUAGUCUUAAUCACAGUAAAGAUAAGUUCCACGUUAAAGGGAUCCGAAGGAGUUCCUAUAAAAAUGCAUUUACCUCGGAGUCGAAUAAUCAUUUACGGGAAAACAUUCUGAACACGGAGACGAGCGAGGUGGUCUGCAAGUACAAUAAAUCGUGUCGACACUCUAUACAGAAUGUCUCGAACAGUAGCUCGCAUUCGGCGAAAUGUUGCAACAGCAUUAGGGACGUUGCUUGCACAUGUAAGUCGUCUUUACAUAAUAUGCGUAACAGUGACUGUUCGGAGAGGCAAACAUGUAGUCAUAGUUCUUCGCACGAGGAAGAAGAAGAUCCCCUUAUUCCAUCGAAACGAUACAAUGAAACAGCUGAAACAAGGCAACGACGAUUAAGUGGCAAAAGAGUGCGAGGAAUUCUUAUGGAUCUGUUGAAAGGUUGCGGAGACUGUCGCAGUGCGAAUGCAAACACUGUCAGCAAAAGUGGUAUGCAACCGAAGGAGUCAUCUUACAUGGCAAAGUUUUCUCCUCAAAUUAAAAUUUCUCCGUGUUCUAUAGCCGAGCCAUCAUGUUCGAGUUCCUCUCAAUGCAAUGACAGAUGCUGUCAUGCAUACGUAAGACGUAUCGAGUCGCAACUUGAACAGUUUCGGAUGGAAAUGGAAAGAGUACGAUCACGUUCAGAUGCGAUUCUCGACAUGCUCAAUAUGCUCCACUCUGUUGAUAUGAACUAAUGAAACUACUAUCACUUUCUAAACUAAGCGCUUUUUCCUUGUACAGAUCACUUUGUUUUAUUUUUAAAUUACGUUAAAUCAAGGUGUCAGCACGCUCAUCACAAUUCUUUCUUGUUUUCUUCUUUUAUUUCGUACGAGUACGUGAUUCGAUUUAUUGAAUAAAACAUAUUCACGUUUAAACGACAGAGGGGAAAGCUGUAUCACAUUGUAUCAUAUACAUCAUUUUGUAUAACAGGAAAUCAAUUUACGUGACGUCUGAUCGUAGUCAAAUUUCACGCAUCGUUUUUUAUAUCGCAUUACAACUCAUGAUAUGUAUCAUAUUUUUAACGAUGACAAAUUGUAGCUGUAUCGAUAUAAUAGUCGUAUCUACAGAAACUAUACAAUUUUAUGUUACGCUUUAGGCGAAUCUUGUUUGACAUAGUAAUAUUUAGCUAAAUACCCAAAUAAGAUGAAUUUCAAAUUCAUAAGAUUCCAUUUAAAUUUCAAUAAAACGAUGAUCAAUUUCCUACUAGUAA